GCCUGAGGUCCAGGAGUCCCGCUGGGAUCUGAGAGGGAAGAAUUUGGCGUCCCUGUGGUGCAGACGGACCCCUCUGUUCCUCCACAGCCCUGAAGGGACCAGCUUUUCGACUUCACUUCCAAGAACGUGUCCAACAGGGUUUUUGAGUCUUCUAGAUUCCACAAUUUAAUUUUCCUCUUGUAUUUUGGACUUGAAGUUCUGCCUUAAAAGUUAGAUGAAGUUACAGCUUUAUUUUCCAUCCGAAAAGAUUGAAACCUUUUUCAGCGUCCACCACUGGCUGAGUGUGGAUUAUUGAAAGAAGUCUGGUGGAGCCUUUGGAGAAUUUAAAUGGAUGUUUGCUGCUGCUGAUUUCAAAGACCUCUGGACGGAUACAGCUAAUUAACGUGCAGAAAGAAAGAUUUGUUUAAUCUCCUGCAAUUUAACUCGGAACUAAUUGGAGCUAUUAAACAGCUUUUGGACCAUUCAGUAACUUUGAAAUGAAUAUAGACCCUUAUAUGAGUUGAAAUGUGUUUAUCUUUUGAUAUUUCAAAAGGGCAUAAUCAAGAUUUUCAUUAAUUUUUUUACAGUGAAUUUGCAGCUCUAGCACAUUAGGUUUUUCCUUUCUAGAAAGGCAAUUUAAACAAAAAUAUUUUGUUUGCCCAGUUUCUGUUCGAACGUGGAACAUCCUGUAAUUUAUAUUCUGUGGCAAGCCGUCGCUGUCACCAAGCCAAUUAACCUCAUCAUUAACUUUCGGCAUUUAGAUUCUUUGUGAACCUUCUUCAAGGAAAAUCAUUUAAAUUACGUUUCAUUUAUUGAGGAUGCUAAUGUAGGUGGUCGCACAUUUUAUUGAGGAUGCUACUUUUUAUUGACGGCCCUUCUUAAACACGACCAAGGCUGUAACUGCGAAUCAUAUAUAAUAUAUACAGAAAUGUAACAGUUUUUGUCAGUAAAGCUAAAGAUUAACUUUUUUUAAAUUGAAAUUAUUGCCAUUUACCUUUCUUCAGGAAAUUCUAAGGAUCUUGGAUAUCGUUUUCUGAAUAAUUUCAACAAGGAAGCAUAAGCCAUUUAAUGUCUGUGUAAAGAAUUGAAAGAGCGGCCAUCGUGACACAACCCGAAGUAACAGAGUAUUGGAUCUUAUUUUUUGUAAAAAAAAAAACAUUUUCACUGAACUGACUUCAAAGCAUCAGUAUUUAAGUCAUGUGGCUUAAAAGUUGCAGACAGAAACAUAAACCUCUCUUGGACUGCUCUUAACUGCUUUUGUAAGUUCUCCCCUUGGAUUACAGCCCAAAGGGUAGCAAUGUCAGCAAUUAGAUUUUUUACUGAAUGUAAAAGUGACAGAAUUUUGCUUAUUGACCUUGGGAACACAAGCCACAAGCUUGCACAAAUUAACAGCGUCUAGAGGACAACGCGUACAUCCCACCCUGUGUACCUUACAUAACUUCUUCCUGUCUCUGGGGGACCUCUCAGCCCUUCCUCUCCCCACCAUGGUGAUGUCUCAGGGCACCUACACCUUCCUGGCCUGUUUCUCUGGCUUCUGGUUGGUCUGGGCCGUUAUCGUCAUGCUCUGCUGCUUCUGUAGCUUCCUGCAGCGUCGGCUGAAGCGCCACCAGGAGGAGAGGCUGAGGGAGCAGUGUCUGCGAACCGUAGAGAUGGAGCCGCUCGGCUGCCCCCCCACAGGAUACCCGUCGCCGCCUCCUCCUCUGCCUCUUCCUCCACCCUUACAGCUGCCCAGAGAUCCCCCACAGUUCUGUCCUCCUCAAACCCUGUCGCCACCUGUCCCUCUGCAGGUUCCCCAUCCCAUGCCACAGGCAAACUGGAUCAGCAUGCCAGACACAGACGUAUUUGGGAAGCCGCCCUGCUAUGAGGAGGCAGUUCUGAUGGAGGACCCUCCCCCACCCUACAGUGAGGUCUUGUUGGACCCGCGGGGAGGCACCUACCUGAAGCCCGUCCCGCCCCGUGCUGCGCCCCCACAGCCCCCACCCAUUAGGGAACACCAGGAUCCAGCUCCGGUGUUCACAACGGAGACCAGCAAGCCUCCUGUAGCGGCCGUAUUCCCUGAGCGAGGUUACUCCUCCCUCAUUCGCCUGCCUUCCUCCCAGCGCUGGGACUCAUUGGGUCAUCUCUUAUCCAACAUGGACCUGAACCACAACAACCUCACGCCGCCGGGGGCACGCUCCAUCCAGGCAGCUGCCAUGAUGGCGACCAUGCCCCGGAGAGAGCCCAGGACUCAACAUGGGCUGCGAGGGGGGAUUCAAGGACUCCAAGGAGGCAUACAAGAACUCAGUGGAGGGAUACAAGGACUCAGUGGAGGGAUACAAGGACUUCAAGGGGGGAUUCAGGGGCUUCAGGGGGUUCAUGGACUAAGGGGACUGGAGCCCAGUUGCGGCCUGCCAACAGCCUUCCCUCUUCUGGGUCGUAGCACCGCCGUUUAGACCUUGAUUAUUAGAAAAGAAGUCUUAGUAACCAAUGAGUAGGUCUAUCUCUAAAGAGCCUUCAAGCAGGAGAUCUAUAAAGACGCCUCCUUUGCUGCUCAGUGUUUACACCACUAACAGCGCUAGUAGUAGAGAUGUAAUCCCCUGAAGAUCUAAAGGAGUGUUAAAGUGCUGCGAAAGGCGUCAGGAGUUCAAUUCCCCAGGCAGCUCUGUUGCUGGGAUCAUGGCUUUUGGCUUGGAGUAAAAGAGCAAAUUAAACACAACGUCUCGCACCAGUGUGGUUGAGUUACAGAGGCAUGCUGGUGUCACAGUAACGAUGACUCUUUCAAACAACAGAGAAGGAGAAAAAAAAAAAAGGAUGAGUAAUAAUUCCAAAGGAUGAGCAACAAGCACAGCUGCUUCUCCACCUUUCAUCCUCCAUUUUCUUAUCUCCCUUUCUUUGUGUUCAUCCCGGUUCUCCUCUCGUUUCUCUGUGCCGAAACAACCUAUUGUACCAGCCUGCCGUUGCCAUGGUUCCCGGGAACUGUCUGUUGCUCACGUCGACCUCUCCUCUUUUAUCCGCACGGAAUUUCCGAAAGACUCUGUUCACAGCUCGUCUCCUCUCAAGGACUGCAAGUAUUAACGGUGACAAAAGAGCGUGUGAGCCUUCAGUGUGGAGUCGGCCACCAUGUUUGUGACAUUAAAGCCCCGAAGGCCAGUUUUUACACCGACAGACAAAACAAACAGAGUACAACAAGCUCUCCAGAGAACCAAGCCUACUUGGACUGCAUUUUGUAACAUGCUGCGUUGUUGUUUCUAAUGAUGUUACUGCAAACUGUUGCGGUUUGGCCUCAAUCUGGUAGUCUGGGCCCUUUUGGUGGUCGCAAAAUGGCGACGUCUGGGUCAUUUGAGUGAAAAAACAAAAUGUUUUCAUGUACAAAUGUUACUAUCAUUCUCUUAAGCUUUGUGACAAAUGCUCGAAUUGCUCUUCAGAAAUAAAAACAUCUUCACAUGCUAGGCUUCUUCUAAUAAUUUGUGGAAUUAAAAGAACAAUAUGGGAUCAGCUAAUUGUGUUUUUUUUAUUCAAUAUUAGAUUCUUCUUCAGAGCAUCUUGACAUCAAAAUUAAAGUUUUUAACUUCAGUACUUACAGUGAUAGAUUAAAAUACAGCGAACAUCAAUUUAGCAACUCUGUUAGUCAUAAUCUUCUUUAGAAUCUGUACCAUUCAGAAUUGCUACUUUCAUUUACAAUCAAAAGGGGCAUAAGAGAUGUUCUCGAGCCUUCACUUCCAGACAUCUUAAGUUUCCAAAAUUAAUCAGAUUAUCACAUUCUUUUUCCUCUGCUUCUCUCAGCUAUAAAUUCCUUCUCAACGUCGGCCUCUGCCAAUCGGGAAAGCCUUAAAUGUAAAUUGUGAGUUUCCGUUUCUCUCCGACUCCCUCAGUUUCUGAGUCACUCUAACCUUUCCUCACCUCCUCCUUUUAUUACCCUUACUAUCUCUUUCAACAUUUAAUUUUUUACUUCCAUCUUAAUCAUCAUCUAUCUCCAACUGUCCUUUGUGUUUUCCUUUGUCACUGAUGUAUUCUAAGGCUACCGCUUCUUUGAUGCAACAUUGAGAAACGAGGAAAUGGAAACAGCCACUUUGCUGCCACUCAUCUCCCGUAAAGAUGCUUUACAAUUUACGAAAAAAAUUCUGCCUUUUUAUGUGCUGAUAACAAGGCUAGUAAUUCACUUCAUCAAGGCAUG